AUGUCAGGAGGAUUAGACUUAGACAUAAGAGGACCCACACGAUGGUGGGUGCUGAUUUUUGUUUCUUUAUCAGCUCUUACAAACUCUGUUAUUUGCAACAAAGCAACCCAGUAUAAGCUUACGGUUGGCCUCCAAGCUCCUCGGAACGUUUCCUACCCUUUCAGUUUGCUUAGGUUAGGGUCUGCAAUGCAGAUAGCCAUAGACAAGAUUAAUGCAAAUCCAUCUCUGAGUGGAAAUUUCACCUUUGACUUUGUGUACAUGGACACAGACUGUAACGCAAAACUUUCACUUCAGGGAUUCAUCAAUCAAGUAAUGAACCAAAAUGCAUCAGCUCUAUUUGGUCCACCUUGUCCUGAGGAGGCUGAAGUCACUGGGCUCUUAGCAUCCACAUGGAACAUUCCCAUGUUUGGUUUUGUUGGCCAGACACCAAAAAUGGAUAACAUUCUGGUGUAUGACACUUAUAUAAAAAUUGUACCUCCAAUUAAAAGGGUUGGAGAAAUCCUGCUUAAAACACUGGAAUUCUUUGGAUGGAAGUAUGUUGGUAUGAUCGGAGGAGGUGCGGAUACAAACACAUGGAACAGUGUUGAUGCUCUAUGGAAGUCUGUGGAACAGCAGCUCAGGGACAAAGUAACUGUGACAGCUGGAAUCAAAUUUGAUACCAGUGACCCAGAAUUGGCAAAGAGAAACUUGCAGAUCGUCUCUAAAGUUGCAAGAGUGGUGGUUGUGCUCGCUAAUGCUGAAGACACCACGUCUCUGAUGAUAGAAGCUCAGAAACAAGGCCUAAUGACUGGAGAGUAUGUUUUCCUUCUGGUUCAGCAGUUUGAGGACACCCUGUGGAAGUCUAUGGGUGAUGCAAAUAAAACAACAAUGCUGAAGGCUUUUGACAUGGUGUUUGUACUCGCUCAGAAGUCCUAUGAAGGAUAUGACUACUAUGACUUCUUCGAGCAGGCUUAUGAGAGAUUAAAAGGGGCACCUUUUUACAGCAACCUGUCCUCAGAAAAAGAGGUAAGCUCAUACGCUGCCUAUUUACAUGAUGCUGUUCUACUUUAUGCCAUGGGCCUAAAAGAAGCCUUUAAAAAUGGUAAAGACAUCCGGCAUGGACGAGAGAUUCUCCAGAAGCUCAGGGACAGGACCAACAUUAGGUUUUAUGGGGCUUCAGGUCUGGUUCACUUUGAUGAAUAUGGAGAGAGGAACCUUGACUAUUCAGUAUAUGACCUACAACAAACAGAAAUGGUCACAAAAUUUGUCUCUGUUUUGGAUUUUGACAGCCAUUCGAAAAGGAUGAAACCCACAUCAAGGUUUUCUAACAUUGCAUGGCAAAAUGGAAAACCUCCAGUAGAUAAUCCGGCCUGUGGUUUUGAUAAUGAGCUCUGUGAAUGGUUAAACAAUGUUCAUGAGGAACUCACCAUGUCGUGGCACGCCACCUACUCGGCCCGGGCUAAUCCCUCUACAGCAGCAGCAGCUCUCACCACCACUGACGGCGCUGACGUCAAGGGGUACAGCAUGCUCCCCCCUCUGGAGGAGGCGGUUGCUGCUCAUCUGUGCCUGCCAUUUGCCCUGGGUUUGAAGGCCCAUGCAGCGCGCCCCUCUAAGCCCUGCAGGACCACCUCGGUGCUGGCCAACAGGGCUUAUGCAGCGGCCGGUCAGGCCGGAUUGGCGCUGCAUACAAUGGCGGUACUCCAGGUGUUUCAAGCUAAACUUCUCUGUAGUAUGGACGAGUCUGGCCAACAACACCAGGAGGCUUUCAAGGAGCUGCGCACAGCAACAGAUCUGGCUCUGCGCGAGAAAAAAGCAACGGCGCAGGCAAUCGGCAAGACCAUGGCCAGCUUGGUGGUGCUGGAGUGCCACCUCUGGCUGAACCUCAUUGAGAUCAGGGACGCGGAGAAGAUGGCUUUUCUGGACUCACCGGUCUCACGGAAGGGCCUCUUCGACCCUGCUGUGGACAGGAUGCAAGGAAAAUGCAACAAACUUCAUGAGGAACUCACCAUGUCGUGGCACGCCACCUACUCGGCCCGGGCUAAUCCCUCUACAGCAGCAGCAGCUCUCACCACCACUGACGGCGCUGACGUCAAGGGGUACAGCAUGCUCCCCCCUCUGGAGGAGGCGGUUGCUGCUCAUCUGUGCCUGCCAUUUGCCCUGGGUUUGAAGGCCCAUGCAGCGCGCCCCUCUAAGCCCUGCAGGACCACCUCGGUGCUGGCCAACAGGGCUUAUGCAGCGGCCGGUCAGGCCGGAUUGGCGCUGCAUACAAUGGCGGUACUCCAGGUGUUUCAAGCUAAACUUCUCUGUAGUAUGGACGAGUCUGGCCAACAACACCAGGAGGCUUUCAAGGAGCUGCGCACAGCAACAGAUCUGGCUCUGCGCGAGAAAAAAGCAACGGCGCAGGCAAUCGGCAAGACCAUGGCCAGCUUGGUGGUGCUGGAGUGCCACCUCUGGCUGAACCUCAUUGAGAUCAGGGACGCGGAGAAGAUGGCUUUUCUGGACUCACCGGUCUCACGGAAGGGCCUCUUCGACCCUGCUGUGGACAGGCGUAAGGUUGGGACUGACCUCCAAAAGGAAGGAGGUUACAACAGACGCCUCCAACUCGGGUUGGGGCGCCCUGUUGGAGGACAAUCUGGCGUUCGGCGCCAUUGGUUUAUGCAGCUACACAAACGCCCAGUGGUUGCUGGAGUUGUGGGUAGUACAAUGCCCCGGUACUGUUUAUUUGGCGAUACAGUGAACACGGCUUCUAGGAUGGAGAGCAACAGUCUUCCCCUGAGAAUCCAUGUCUCCCAGAGCACUGCUGAUAUUCUCUUCAUGAUCGGGAAUUUUGAACUGGAGGAGAGGGGCGAUAUAGAAAUAAAGGGAAAGGGAACACAGAAAACGUUCUGGUUGAUAAGCAAAUCUGGAUUCAGUUUUCCACCCAUUGGCCAGGACUGUGAUGCAAGUCCUAAGUCAGGAACAGAUUCUCGCCAUGUCAUAUCUAAACAGGAGAAAACCAAAGCAACCCCAAUGAAUGAUGGAGACAGAAGAGCAAUCCAGAGGACUCCAGCCAUGGCUAAAAUGACAGAAAUGCACACACUUACUGUACCCGAUAUCUAG